ACAAAUACGCAAAGCCCAACGAGCGCACACACACACACACCACAUCACGAGGCAGUUCCUCCGCUUUGGGCGACGGAGGCUGCAACAGUCUCAUUCUCAACUACACUACACGACGCCGCUUUACUUUUUCCAAACCUGUCAAGCUGUACUAUUACUAUAGUUUCAUUUCAUGGAGACGGAAUCACAUGAAGAUUUACAGCACCCGUCGGUUUCUUCGAAUGACACGCACAGUGAUGAUGCGUCGAACCACAGAGACGCUGAGCAAAAGCAAGAUGUUUCGAGGGAAGAAGUUGUGCAGAUUCUACAAGUUAUUGCAUCUACGGGGAGGUUCUGGCAUGACUGGGAUAAGUUGAAGAGUAUGCUAUCAUUUCAGCUGAAGCAGGUACUGUCAGAAUAUCCUGAGGCAAGAAUGACAAGUGAGCAGCAGUACGCGUCAUUUGGUGAAUCCUACAUUGAGUUGGUCAACAAAUUGGAUGAAGAACUCACUUGUUUCAUUGAAGGCCCCCCAUUUACGUUGCAAAGGCUUUGUGAGAUCCUAUUGGAUGCAAAAGGCCUUUAUCCAAAUCUUUCAAAGCUUGCUUUAGCUCUUGAAAAGAACUUGUUAGUUACAUCUACAUUGACAAUCUGCACUGAUCCAUACCCACAAGCUACAGCCAAAGAGCUAGAUGACCAAGAGAAGCCAAGUGAAAAGCAGCAGCAACAGCAACAAUCCGAUAGUGCAGAAAAUGGCGUUGAGCUUCUGGUGUCUGACAAAGACGAAGUAAUGACCGAGGCUGAUGUAGGUGAUGAUAUGACCAUUGGCAUGGAAGCUUUUGAAGGCGUUAAAUCAUCAGAAACAAAUUCCGAGCUGAAUGCUAAUAGUGCAUAAGCUUUAUCGUUACUGUGCAUUGUUGAAUGCAUAAACUCUGAUGAGCUCAAUGACUUGGAUGUUUUCACUAGGUGAGCUCCAAAUGCUAUGUGGACAACGUGGACCUUGGUCAUUGCAGAGUGCUUUAUUCCGUGGUUUGGUAAUCAUUGGAGCUGGACAUUUAAAAAAAGAACAGUGUUUCUAUAUUGUAUAUCUUGGAUGGAAUGCUUGUAUUGAUAGCAUGAAGUUGAGUAUCUCGCUGUAGAUCUGCUUUUAAUUUGUGCUUUAAAUUCACUAGCGUGUUCAGGAACUUAUAUUGGUUGGUUUUUGGCAAUGAAGUGUAUCAUAAUCUACUGGUAACAUCUUGGGCCAUCCAAUGUGUUUCAUUUUGGGUCUCUUGCCCCAAGAAAUAGAGGCCAAUGAACAACUUCUGGAACUUUUAA